CUUCCUGUUUACGUUUUUCCAGUGACAUCACACGACUAACAUUUUUCUUCGAACAGGUCACCGUCCCACCAAAUUAGUGGAACAACAAACUUGUGCCACGUCAGGAUUUACGUUGUAGCAAACUAACUGCAUACGACUUUUAGCUGUUGCUGAGCGUUACCGAAUACACUGUUUGAAUGUUUUGGACGUUUCAGACGAAGCAAAAGUCAGUGUUAGCUAGCUCCUAGCUAGCUAGUAAAGUCAGCUGUCUCUCAUAAAAAUACACUAGCUACAUUUUCAGUCCAGUUGACUUGUUAAAAUGGAGAACAAAUACAACCUGAAAAGCCCAGCUGUGAAGAGGCUGAUGAAGGAGGCAGCUGAACUGAGGGACCCCACAGAGCACUACCACGCCCAGCCACUGGAGGAUAAUCUGUUUGAGUGGCACUUCUCUGUCCGCGGGCCCCCAGACUCAGAUUUUGACGGUGGGGUUUACCACGGCAGGAUCGUGCUGCCCCCGGAGUACCCCAUGAAGCCCCCCAGCAUCAUCCUACUCACACCCAAUGGAAGAUUCGAGGUGGGAAAGAAGAUAUGUCUGAGCAUCUCUGGCCAUCACCCGGAGACAUGGCAGCCAUCUUGGAGCAUCAGAACGYCACUAAUAGCUAUAAUCGGAUUCAUGCCAACCAAAGGGGAGGGUGCAAUCGGAUCCCUUGAUUAUAAUCCAGAGGAGAGGAGAGGCCUGGCCAAAAAAUCCCAGGACUUCUGCUGUGAGACGUGUGGCUGCUCCUUGCGCUCUGCCCUCCUAGGUCCCUCCCCCACUAACCCCAGUCCAGAUGACCAAGAGGACCAAGAGCUCGCCCAGCAGAUCAACUUCAAGGCAGAAGCCAGGCAGGCCAGUGAGAGCACAGGGGCAGAGAGCGGGCCCCCCACAGACCCCCGGGGAGAGACGUCCACCUCGGGGAGACAGGAGGAGGAAGAGGCCCACGCUGAGCAGCAGGCCGAGGCGGCUCCAGCUGCCAGUGAGGACGAGCCAUGUCCCACAGCCUCAAGCAGCCGUUCUCUCAGCCCCCGCCAGCGCCGGGCCCAGCAGCACCAGAGAGAGCCCCCCAGCAGGCCCACCUUCCCUGCCUUCCCCCACACCGCCGCACCCCACCCCCCUCAGGACGCCAGCCACACAGGCUCUGUGGUGCUCAUCAUGGUGCUCUCCCUGCUCCUGGCUGCCCUCAUCUUCCGCAGGAUCUACCUGACCAACGAGUACAAGUUUGACUACGAGCUGUGAUGACACUGACCAGAKCUUCCCCAGACCACCUGACCAUGACACCCUAGCUGGCAACAAACUGACUUUAUCUCUUUACAUUGUCAGCCUAGAGCCCUGGAAAACAUUCUGUUCAUAGAGGGUUAGGCAUAGCCUUGGUGACUGUUUCUCCCACUAAGUAAAGAGGGCUUGCGGUCCACCUCCAAGGUGUCUUUUAUUACUUUGAAUUGACUCUAAACUGUACCACAUUUUAAAGAAAGGUCCAAACCUUUAUAGAACACAGACACUGUGUGUUGUAUUCACAAAAUGUCUGAGUAGGAGUGCUGAUCUAGGAUCAGGUCCCCCAUGUCCAUAUAAUCUAAUUCAUUAUGAUCUAAAAUAAAUAUAGAUCCGCACUCCUGAGGUGCUUUAUGAAUACGGCCUGUAUCURUACUUUUUAUUUUGUCAGGCAGCUGUUUAUCAUGGACGGCUGCUUGCUCUCAUUUAAACAAGUUAAUGCUGUAUCAUAUGACUUGUAAACAAUGAAGACUAUUACAUUGAUUUGUUUGUCUCAAAUAAUUAAUUGUGCACAGGGAAUCAAUAUGCAUAAUAAAUUGUAUACAGAUAAGAUGCUAAUUAUUUCUGCUCAAAUGUUACGCCAUUGACAUUUAUUAUUGGUUAGCCAAUUCUCCGGUGGUUUCUACUUUAGCGGCAGCAGAUACAGUGCAGCCUUCUAUACACAUACGUCUGUCAAUCUUAGCCUGAGUGUGUUAAAGGAAUUUCAUUCCUAUAUGUUCAUCAACCAAUUCAAUUAAAACACUCUGCCCAUU